AUGGCGCCAGGUGCAUCACCAGGUUGUGGUGAAUCACAGACUGCCAUUGAGGUUCACAUCCACCGGGAGGCGCACUACAUCUUCUGCCUUGAUGUAGACAUGAGGUUCCAUGGCCGUGUGGGGCCAGAGGCUCUGGGGAGACUGGUGGCCGCCAUCCACCCCUGGUUCUACUGGUACCCCCGGAACCAGUACCCCUACGAGCGGCGGAACGUCUCCACAGCCUAUGUACCCCUGGACCAGGGAGACUUCUACUACCAGGCCAACAUAUUCGGAGGAGCACUGGAGGAUGUUCACAGGCUGACCAAGACGUGCAGGGAGCACCUGGAGGUGGAUAAGUCUGUGGGUGUGGAGGCUGUGUGGCAGGAGGAGAGUCAUCUGAACUGGUACCUGGUGAAGAAUAAGCCCACCAAGCUGCUGUCACCUGAAUAUGUGUGGGACGACGCUCGAGGACGGGACUUCAAGGAGCUAAAACUGGUCCGCUUCUCCUCUGUCAUCAAGAACAAGGCAGAGGUCAGAGAGAACCCGUGAGAGGAGAAGAGAAUGGUGCUGGAAUGGAUAGCAGUCGUUUUACGGCCUCCUGACCAAUUCUGCUAUUUUGUGUGUUUUUUAAACUCUGAUCUUAAUCUUUACACAAUGUUUCUGCAAUUAUUUCCUCUGACCGAAAAGAGCUUCUGGACAUCAGAACAGCGAUCACAAACUUUGAUUUGGAUGAAGACUUCUCCUUCAACGAGUCUGAGCACGGGACAUACUGCUCACCAGUGACGUGUAUUCAUGGAUGCCAAGGGAAGCAAGGCUUCCCAAAAAAAAUUAAAAAGAAAAAACUAAUUUGCAAGAGGUGUCG